AUGAUUCCUAAUGAUUUUGAGCCUCAUGGCAGUAGUCAUUACAUGAGUAAGACUGCUAUCGAUAUUCUUCAGCUUCUUUGUACUUUCAGUUCCUUGCAACUUGACAGUUUCAGGUCAGUCCGCCGCAUGGCAACGGUGUGCUUGCGGGCUUACAUCAAAUCUAGUUGGGACGUGGGGACGUGCUUCAGCGACUCUAUACUGGGCCAAGAUGGGUACCUCGACUGUCAACAGCAUCAUCUUCGCUACCUUUCACUCGUUACUGCUGGCGAAUGCUAUACUUCGAGCGUACCAUUGGUGGUCUUCUCGCGAUUGGAAACACUAGCUUGGAAGGGAAUUCGAUGGGCACCACAAUUUGAUGCUCUGAACACCUUCCUUGUUAAGUACGACCUCAAUGUGAAGUCACUUGAGCUUGACUUUAUCUCUUCAGAUGAUGUGGAACGUAUGGAAGAUGCCCCUUGGGAACCUCGUCUUGCCCAAGCCCAAGGCUUCCUACGAUGCAUGGUUAGGCGCCGCGACGAUCUUUUUGAACCUACUCUGUGUUACCUGGAGCGCCUUUCGCUCACAUCCGGAUCAUUUGGAGGCCCAUUGAAUUCUAUGUUUGCUUUUCUGAACCUCCACAGAGUCAAACAUUUACGCUUGAUUAAUUGCAAAAGGACUGCCUCGCUCCUACUCCAAAUAUGGAAGUCUCAGUUCAACAUCCUUGCCUCCAGAGUAGAAUUGGUACUCACGAUUCCAACCCGACAUCCGGCAGAAAUUUGGGAGUUCUUGCUCGUUCUUGCCGAGCCAAAAGACCUAUUCAUCCUCUUCAGCUGCGUUGUACCCCACGUAGACUUAUUCCAGGCUCUCUACCGAUAUCGUUUUUUCAUGCAUAGGCUCACUUAUCACAAAAGAGAACCCAGAAUGGUGGCAAUAGACACUGAUACGAUCCAAGAAUGGGUCGAUGCACGCUGCGAGGAUCUCUUGUACCCUAGCCUCAUCAGUCUCUUGCGCGACGCACUCCACCUGACGGCGCUCGGCAUCUGCGACAAACCUUCCAGCCUACAAAGCGCCCUACAAGGGAACGCCAAAGACUUUACGACCAUCAAGCUCCUCCACCUCCGCUUCACCGGCAAAUCGCAGCCCAAACCUAAAUUCGCAGACGAAGAUGACUACGGGGCUGGCGACACGUUCUUCACACAAGCGCUACACGAUCUCGAACCAUCGACGAGCAUAGGUCUUGACCUCUGGCCUCGCGACUGGAUUGCAGAAGAAGCAGAAGAACUCGAAGAAUUCGCCGACUGGGCAUUCAGCAGUGAAGGCUUCCCGAAUCUGAAAGUGCUUGCCUCGGGAGACUUCUCGCAUGAUGGUCGCUAUGCUAGGAGUCAGGCUAUGUGGUGUCGGGUUGAGCACUUAGCAAACGAGGACAAUGACAGGAUCAAAGCGGGAGGCAGGGGAGAUAAGGGAAAGGGAAAAGAAGUAAUCAGGGCCGGCUCAAGGAUUUGCUAUCGUAGAAUGACAGGGACGGAGAUUAGAAAGGAUGAGUUUGUUCAGGAGAAUAUGGAUAUGUUGGCUUCGUGUCCGGUUACACCCUAUUUCUUGGAGUAUGCCCGGAAAGACAGGUUUCCGGGCGUGGGGUAG